CUGAACCACGCUCGCUUUGUUUACAAAUAUGUUCACGUGAAUGAAAUACCAGAUAAUGGUUUAGAGUUGGUUACUUGUUGUGGAUGUUUUCUUAUUGGUCGUGUUUCGGAGUAGGUACCUACAUGGUUCUUUGAAGUGUGAAAGUGUUUGUGUAAAAGUGUUGUGUUCUGAAAUAUUUCAGGAAAUAAUUUAUGGGCGUGUUUUAAAAUUUUGAAUGGGUGACGAAAACAUCUCACCAUGACUCAAGAAAACAGCAACUCCACGAUGGAGAUGGGCACCAGUGACCAGGUCCUGGUAGCGUCAGCGAAAAAGAAGACAGUAACGUACAUCGUCGGCUUCGUAGUCAUGGCAGCCGUGGUUGCUGUGGUGGUUACGCUAGUAGUCGUGCUGUCGGGAAAUGAGGGGGGGACGUCCCCUGUGACUACGGAAAGUCCCACUACGGUGUCGCCACCGACUACUAUAGCGCCUACGGUACAACCGCCAACAGUGGAGCCAACAGAGCCUCCGACGCCGGCGCCGGAGCCCGAGCCGGAGCCCGAAGCAACGCCCAUAGACUUGGAAGACGUCAUCAGCGGCAUGUUCACUGCACCUUCCUUUAAUGGCUCUUGGGCUUCAGGAAGCGACAUAAUGUACCGCAACGAUAACGGCGACCUAGUACUUUUCGACUUGGACACAGACAGUACUACCAUCUUGAUCUCAAAUACUUCCGAGGUGUUACAGCAGUCGACCCGUUUCACCGAGCUGUCACCAGAUGGCUCGCAAGUGGUGUUAGCGCACAGCGUAGUGCCCGUGUACCGCUACAGUUACCUCGCUCGCUACUCCGCCUUCGACGUCAACACCGGAGAGACGAAAGACAUCCUUCCCCCCACCGUCGCUCGCAGCACCGACGGUUUCCUCCAGAACUUCGUCUGGGGACCUUCUGGGACGUCCUUAGCCUUCGUGUAUACGAACAAUAUAUACUAUCAGGCUUCUCUGAGCCAGGAGCCAGUGCAGAUCACCACGACUGGCCAGUUGUAUGUCAUUUAUAAUGGCAUUCCGGAUUGGGUUUAUGAAGAGGAAGUGUUCGGCUCCAACAACGCAAUGUGGUUCUCAGCCGAUGGCGAACACCUGGCGUACGUCACAUUCGACGACACGAAUGUUCGCGUCAUGCGUGUACCCCACUACGGUGUACCCGGGUCUGUGGACUAUCAGUACACGCAGCAUCAUGAGAUUAGGUACCCUAAGCCUGGUACCACCAACCCGACGGUGACGGUGACACUAAGGAACCUGGAGUCUGGCGCUAACACGGUGUAUGCUGCGCCUACUGACUUGAAUGAGCCAAUACUGAAAGCCGUGAAGUUCGUCACUAGCAACACCAUCGCUCUGAUGUGGACCAACCGCGUUCAGACCACCAUGAGAGUGGUCACAUGUACCCUUGGAACUGCCACCUGCACCCAGAUUUACUCAUACACCGAGACGAACGGCUGGAUCGACAACAUUCCUCUCAUCUUCAACUCGCAAGGAACCGCUUUCAUCACCAUCCUGCCCCAAGCAGUAAACGGCACCCUCUACAAGCAAAUCGUCCAAGUCUCGGCACCAGCUACGGGCAAUGACUGGACUCUGCAGAACCGCGUCAACACGGCCAAUACCGUCGCUGAGAUCUUGAAGUGGACCGAUGAUGAUAUUAUCUGGUACAAGGCCACAAGCGUGAGCGACUCCGCCGAGCAGCACAUCUACACUAUCAACUCCAGCGGCACCGUCGAUUGUUUCACGUGCGAGAUAGCCAAGGAAGAUGGCGGACAGUGUCUGUACAACGAUGGCAUUAUCAGUGGAGAUGGAAACAGGAUCACUGUCAACUGCGCUGGACCAGAUCUGCCACAAAUUUUCAUCUACAACUCUAACGGUAGCCUCGAGCUAGACUGGGACGACAACAACGCCACAAGCCAGGUUGUCUCCAACCGCAUCCUGCCCGUGCAGCUCCGGCUUUCCGUGCCGGUCGCCGCCGGCUUGCCCGACGCAGACGUGCAACUGCUGCUGCCGCAUGAUUAUGAGCAGAGGACUAAUGUGCCCAUGCUUGUUUAUGUCUACGGCGGUCCAGACACAGCCCUCGUCACGAAACAAUGGAGCAUCGACUGGGGAACCUCCUUAGUCAGUCGAUGGAACAUCGCUGUCGCUCAGAUUGAUGGUCGAGGGUCUGGGUUGAGAGGAGUUGCAAACAUGUUCGCAGUCAACAGGGCGCUGGGAACUGUGGAGGUUGAUGACCAGAUCUCUGUCACCAGAUACCUCCACGAAAACCUCCCCUUCCUGGACUCCAACCGCACUUGCAUCUGGGGCUGGUCUUACGGAGGUUAUGCUGCUUCUCUGGCUUUGGCGAGAGGAGGGAACGUCUUCAGAUGUGCGGCAGCUGUUGCCCCAGUUGUGGACUGGAGGUUCUAUGACACAAUUUACACAGAGCGGUACAUGGACACUCCGCAGCAGAACCCAGAGGCGUACACCGCAUCUUCGCUUUUGACAGAUGAAGUGGUGGAAGCUUACAGAAACAAGCGCUACUUCCUAAUCCACGGGACUGCAGAUGACAAUGUGCAUUACCAGCACGCUAUGCUUAUCUCACGGCUGCUGCAGCGCGAAGACGUUUACUUCACGCAAAUGAGUUACACAGACGAAGACCACGCGUUAGUCGGCGUGAGGCCCCACCUCUACCACGCUUUGGAGAAGUUCCUAACAGAAAACAUGCUGUAAAUAGUGAUACAAACUAAAUAUUGCUCAGUCAAGUUAUUAGACACAAUAACUAAUUUAGGAACUUGGUGCAUUGAAGUAAUACGUCUAUUACUAAUAGGUACUAUAAGAGAUGUUUUGAGGAAAAUCUGUGCCAAAAUAUUCUAUUGUGGUUGGGCAUUGUCGAAAAAAAAGAUUCAAAAACUUUUUUUGUCUAAAAUAGGUAAAUUUAAUGUUUUUCCUACUCAGAAUUACGAGCCCUUUUCAUCCUACUAGGCGGAAAAAGCGUCCCAAAUGUAUUUUUCCUACUUCGUUACCAGCGGUUACAAAGUGGAAAGUAUGCAAAAUAAUAUGUAUAAUAUUUUGGGACCAUUUCUUUGUCUCUUGUUUUUUGUCCUAGAUCGAAAGGGCUCUUGAUUCUGAGUAGGAAAAACAUAAAAUUUACCUACCUUAGAAAAAAUAUUUUUGGUGAUUGUUCUCGCGAAAAUGCCCGGUCGAGCUCGACCGAUUUCUGUUAGAUAUCAUUGUCGUACCUACUAUAGGUAUUAAGUGUGAUUGUGCACAGGGUAAGAGUCCACAAAAAUAUUUAUUAUUUACUAUUCUGGGCAAGAGAAGUGGGUAACGGUUUUAAUUAUAAUAGGCCUGUCUCUGCAAGCGUUAAAUAAAAGUUAUAAUAACAUUUGCACUGACGUGGCGCUCAAAAUCUUUAUCAACUUAUACUCUGACUCCAAGCAUCUAGUAUCUGUAUUAAAGUUAUCUCCAACAGUUUGGAGUAGGGACAUUACGAUCAUUAAUUUAUCUGUUCUUAGUAUGUGACUUUCACUGUUAGUAAAAUUUGGAUAUGAUCUUUACUAUUGAUCGUUGUGAACUUUUUUCGGUGCCAUUGUUUUGUUCUACUAUAAUGUUGUUUGUUUUAACAAUAAAGACAAGUACACUGUUUUAUUACUUCAAUGUACCAUCAUAACAACUCUAGUCGCCUAAGGAUAAUUCCAAGGCUUUUUAAAAGAAUAAAAAUAUUAUAUGUAUUUGAUAAAUUAUUGUCUACAUUUCCGUUUGUAAUGAGUAUGGACCUUUUCCUGCAUUUAAAAUACAAUUAUUUUAGCCAGUCUGGACGUUUUGGAUACAUAAUUAUAGAGGAAAUAUAGAAAAAUAUACAUUCCUUAAGUAGAUAUAAAUAUAAAGACAAAUAAUAUACAGACAUCACAAUAGCAGUAAAAUUUAUUUACAAUAUAUUUUGUUUAUGUUAAUAAUUUUAAGGAGAGUUAAACUAAAACAGGGUAUGAACUUCCAACGUCUUGAUUUAGAUGACCGAAAAUAUGAAAUCUGUUAAAAAGCAUGAACAAAAAAUACUGUGCAAUAUUUUUGUCUUUUUUUAUUGUUACCAGUUCAAAAUACUACGAAACAGUAUUCCGUUUUACACUUAAUAAAAGUAUUUAUGUUAUCAUUUAUGGAGUUUAUAUG